AUAUUCAUUUUUUUCAUGCAUAAUAUAUAUAAAAAUUAUGAAACUAAAAACGUAUUGUACACUAAUUAUAUUUAUAUUAUUUAAUUGUCAUUCAAUUUUGACAAUAAGACUUCGUGGUGUAACUCUUGAAGUUAUACCCUAUGUUUAUGUCCGUAACAAUGAGUUUCAUGGAUAUUGUGUCGAUGUUAUGAAUGAGAUCUCAAAGAUUGCUGGUUUCAACUAUAGCUUAUAUGUGGUUCCCGAUGGACAUCACGGGUCAGUAUCGCCGGUCGGUGCCAUCAAUGGCAUAAUCGGCGAGAUUUUUAAUAAGGCGGCAGACUUUGGUUUGGCUGACCUGACAACCAGUGAUAACCGUAAACGAUAUGUUGACUUCAGUCGACCCAUAAUGAACUUAAGUGUGUCGGCAUUGAUCCACACGACAAAUGCUGAACGAGUGGACCGUUUUCGUGAUUUGUCAAAACAAACCCGAAUAAUGUACGGCACGGUUAGGUCGGGCCGUUUGCGUGACAAGUUUGCUGACGCUCGGGACAGUUACUUCAAAAAGAUGUACGACGUUAUGAAAGUUCACAAUACGUUUGUGGCCAACGCUAGCGCUGGUAUCCGAUUGGCCAAAAUCGACACAUUCGCCUACAUAUCGGAGUCGGCAAACAACGAGUUUAUUGCGGCCAAUGAUUGCGAUUUAGUUAGCAUUAAAAGCUAUAGCGACUACUUUAAGCUCAAUUACGCCAUAGCACUGCCYAAAGGAUCGCCUUAUUUAUCAAAAAUCAAUUAUGCGAUACAAGUGCUCGAAACGGAAGGACUGUUCAACAAAUUAAAAGCUAAAUACUGGAGAACUCAAUGCAAUUUGUCUACCGGUAGUUACUAUCUGUCGGUACAGACAAAUGUCUUACUAUUUAUUAUGAUAUUAUUGUCUCUAAUAUAUUCAAAACAUUGAAUUCAAUUUAAUUUAUUGUUUUUUUUUUGAUAAGUUUAACGUUUUGUUUUAUUUUUCUAAUAUAUGGAUAAUUGUACUUAAAUUUGAGAACAAUUUUUUGAAAAUUACAUAUCAUUUAUAAAAAAAAUUGAGACUAAAAUAGUGUGAAAUAAUUAUAUUUA